ACUGUGUAGAGAACAGAAAGAAAUGGCAUUCAAAGGCAAAACCCACCUCAAACUGAAGAAGACCAAAAUGGAUGCUGCCUUGUCCCAAUUAAUGGAUUCUGACAUGGAUUAUGAAAGGCCAAACGUAGAAACCAUCAAGUGCGUCGUGGUUGGGGACAACGCAGUAGGCAAGACCAGGCUCAUCUGUGCCCGUGCUUGCAAUGCGACUCUGACUCAGUACCAGCUUCUUGCCACCCAUGUGCCCACAGUCUGGGCCAUUGACCAGUAUCGUGUUUGCCAAGAGGUAUUGGAACGCUCCCGAGAUGUUGUAGAUGAUGUUAGUGUAUCCUUGCGACUUUGGGACACUUUCGGAGACCAUCACAAGGACAGGCGCUUUGCUUAUGGAAGAUCUGAUGUCGUAGUGUUGUGCUUCUCCAUUGCUAACCCCAACUCCCUGCACCAUGUGAAGACCAUGUGGUACCCUGAGAUCAAGCACUUCUGCCCCCGAGCUCCAGUCAUCCUCGUGGGCUGCCAGCUGGACCUUCGCUACGCUGACCUGGAAGCGGUCAAUCGAGCUAGGCGACCAUUAGCCAGACCAAUCAAGCCCAAUGAAAUUCUCCCCCCAGAAAAGGGGCGAGAGGUGGCCAAAGAGCUGGGGAUCCCUUAUUACGAGACCAGCGUAGUAGCCCAGUUUGGCAUCAAGGACGUCUUCGAUAACGCCAUAAGAGCCGCCCUCAUCUCCCGCCGGCACCUCCAGUUCUGGAAGUCCCAUCUACGUAAUGUCCAAAGGCCAUUACUCCAGGCCCCAUUUCUGCCCCCCAAGCCGCCUCCACCCAUCAUCAUCGUCCCCGACCCUCCUUCCAACAAUGAAGAGCGACCUGCCCACUUGCUGGAGGACCCCUUGUGUGCGGAUGUCAUCCUGGUGCUGCAAGAGAGGAUCAAAAUCUACGCACACAAGAUCUACCUCUCCACUGCUUCCUCCAAGUUCUACGACUUGUUCUCGAUGGACUUGAGCGAGGAGGACCAGCAGGGCACCAUUGGAAGUGGCACCGGGGGCGGUGUGGCGGAGCGAAUGCUCCAUCAGGAAGAAAGGCAUCACGGGCGGGAAUUCCUCCUGAGAGCUGCUAGCUUCGACAUCUGCGAGAGCACUGAGGAUGCUAACUCUGGCCAGCAAAAACCGUGCCUUAGAGCCUCCACCAGCGAUGGGAUCUUACGGGGCAAGAACUAUGGGGAAUGUGGGUUGAAGCGAGGCAGGAUUCUUUCCUCUUGGAGCCGUGCCUUCGUCAGCAUCCAGGAAGAGAUGGCGGACGACCCCAUGACGUACAAGCCCCGGCUUAUGGUGGUGGUAAAGAUGGAACCUUCCAUCCAGUUGGGACCGUUCAGGGCUGUGCUCAAAUACCUGUACACGGGGGAGCUAGACGAGAAUGAGCGGGACCUCAUGCAUAUUGCCCACAUUGCUGAGUUGCUGGAAGUCUUCGACCUCAGGAUGAUGGUGGCCAACAUCCUAAACAACGAGGCGUUCAUGAACCAGGAGAUCACCAAAGCCUUUCACGUCAGGAGAACCAACCGUGUUAAGGAGUGCCUGGCUAAAGGGACUUUUUCUGAUGUCACCUUUAUCCUGGACGAUGGUGCUAUCAGUGCCCACAAGCCCUUGCUAAUUUCCAGCUGCGACUGGAUGGCUGCUAUGUUCGGGGGCCCGUUUGUGGAGAGCUCAACGCGAGAGGUGGUGUUACCUUACACAAGCAAGAGCUGCAUGCGGGCGGUGCUCGAGUACCUGUACACCGGCCAGUUCUCUUCCACCUCAGACCUGGAUUACAUGAAGCUCAUCAUUCUGGCCAACCGCUUGUGUCUGCCACACCUGGUUGCUCUCACAGAGCAAUUCACAGUGUCUGGUCUGAUGGAGGCAACUCAGAUGUUGGUGGAUAUUGAUGGAGACGUCCUUGUGUUCCUGGAGCUGGCUCAGUUCCAUGGUGCCUACCAGCUUGCCGAUUGGUGCCUGCAUCACAUCUGCACCAACUACAACAACAUCUGUCGCAAGUUCCCUCGGGAGAUGAAGGCAAUGUCAACAGAGAACCAAGACUACUUUGAGAAGCACCGGUGGCCCCCUGUGUGGUACCUGAAGGAGGAGGACCACUAUCAGAGGGCUAGGAAAGAACGCGAGAAGGAAGAUUACCUCCACCAGAAACGGCAGCCUAAGAGAAGAUGGCUCUUCUGGAAUGCCUCCUCCCCUUCCCAGUCGCCAUCCUCGUCAGCAGCCACAGCUUCAUCUUCAUCCUCCUCCUCUUCAUCAGCUGUGGUUUGAGAGAUGUCCUGCCCAUGCUACCAUAGUCUCUUACAAGAAGGGGGCCGACUGCCCUGAGCCAGUAUCUGGUUCAACAGGCUUGGAGAAGAUGGCCCCCCUCCUCAGCUACAACCCUCAGCGGAGAAAGUGCGCAUGAAUCAUGUCCCUGAGAGGUUGGCAAGAACCUGCACAGGUGGAGCUCAGGAGCCGGAGCAUCACGUCUCACGCGGAGCUCUGCGAGGUCCUGAUCCCUGCCUCAGCCAGU